AGGGCGUAAGAUAAGUGGACGACAUUACCCUCUAGGCAAGAGAUCCACAAUCAUCCUCUUCACAGUUUAGAUCGCUCAGUGUACCACAGAGGAAGGUUAUAAUAGUCUGUGACUCUGAUAUCGGUAUCGCUGAGGUUACAAGUGGUCUCCGCUUCACCAUGGAAGGAGGGAGUUCAGAGGCCGUAAGAGCAACGGCAGUGGUGACUGAAGUGAGAUCAGAAUCUCCAUCGGUGAAAGGCUUCACCCUUCGAAUCGACGACCCACGUUUCGAUUUCAGGCCCGGGCAGUGGGUUGAUCUGUUUGUUCCCGGAAUAGAGACUAUUGGUGGCUAUUCAAUGUAUUCAAGUCCCAAACACCUCACAGAACUGAGGACCAUAGACCUAGCACUAAAGUAUUCUGACUGGCCUCCCACUCUCUGGAUGCACGAACAAUGUAAGGUCAACUCAAAGGUGGAGGUGCGCGUUGGUGGCAACAUUUACUACGACCCAGCAGCAGCAGCAGGAGGUCAGGAAGGCACCCACGACCUGCUCCUCGUAGCUGGGGGCGUUGGAAUCAACCCUCUAUCUUCAAUUUACCGCCACGCUGACGAUUUACACAAACUCUUCCGCAAGGACGAGGAAGGAUGUCUCCCCGGGAGAGUUUCGCUGCUAUGUUCUGCUAAGACCAAAGAAGAGUUGCUUUUCAAGGCGACGUUAGACGCAAUCGCCGAGGAAAACUCACAAAUAGAUGUCAAGUACUUUGUAACCCAGGAGAAGCCAGGUGGACUUUCUAAUGUCAACUAUGGUCGCAUAAACAACGCCGUACUGAAGAAGGCUUUGGAGGGGCUGAACUUAGAGUCAUUGAAGGCGUUCGUCUGCGGCCCCGAGUCCUUCAUCGACGGCAUAGAAACUCACCUCUUGAACAACGGAGUGGCAGGAGAUCGGAUAUUUUACGAGCGCUGGUGGUGAUUUGAUUUGGUCGUCCUUGCUGGUGGCCGGUUGAUCUCGUAGUGGCCGGGUUUAUAUA